UGUUUCUAUGUUCUUUAUACUAUUAUUAUUGCAAAAUUACUCUUACCCAGAAACACACACACACACACUCACUCAAAUUCAGUAGAAAAAUAUAAAAAAUCUUCACUUUGAGAAUAAUGGGUCUCAAACCCUAGAAAAAUUGUCAUCAAAUAAGUCUGGAAUCUGGAUGUGGAUGUAAAGGUUUAAUUUUGAAGCAGAAAAAGGAAGUGAUUGAGAACACAACAAAGGUUAGAAGAUUGAGUUACUACUGUUGCGAGCGGAUAUUACUGGGAGUGGUUUGAUGUACAAGGCAUGACAAUAAGAAAUACUAAGUUCAUCAAGUCAGAAAACUUUUGCUUUGUUAUGACUUAAGGAAGCUUGGAUGGAAAACAAAAUACUUCCAUCUUCAUCCGGAGGCUACGACAUUGAUUCCCGUGGGACGCGUUUGGGUAAAAGGAUAUCAAGGCCAGUUGAUUUGCCUGAAUUUUCCUGGCCUCUAGAGUCAAGGUUAAAAGAGAAUGGUCCAGUCUUAUCCACUACAGAAGAAAACACCCGUGAAUCAACUGUAAACCAAUCUCAGUCUGUCAAAAUGGUUGCUCUUGGAGAGCGUUUCCGGCGUGAUCAAUUUAAUUAUCAGAACAGUGUCGAAGGAUAUAAAUUCACUAGUAAUAGGAAGACACAAGAAAAUGAAAUUGAAAGUAUAAACCAUUACCCUUUAUGCAUGCAGUUGCAAUCUACACAGCACCAGCAUCCACAUUGGAAAUCUGAUGUCCCAACUGGGGCGACGCCUGAAUUGCUAAAUUGGGUAUCAAAGACAAGUAACAUGCUUGCACAAGCUGACACUGGUAGAUCCUCUUCAAAAUCCGAUAAUUUGCAUACUGAAAAAUCUCAAUUCCAUCCUUAUCAGGAAGAUUUGGUUUCUGGGAACCCUGUUGUCACCUCUAGGAUGCCAUUGGAAAUGCAUUAUGUUUCCACUAGAGUUGUGAGAGAGGUUGGAGCAGUUGAGCAGAAUUUUUCUCAGCACCAUACCACAUAUUCCUCUUCUCAUGGAAGAGGUUGUCCCGAGGAAGCCAAUAGAUUUGGGAAUUCUUGUGUUCUGGAACCAAGUCUUCAGUCUUCAAACAGAACUGGAAGUAAUAUUCCCGCAUAUAGAGAUAUUCUUUCAGGAGUCUCGGCUUCUACUGACCAAAAGGUUGGUGGAAAGUCAUUGCAUAAUGAGGCUCAGAGUUUCGUUGGUUCUUUUGAUAAUCGUGUAGACAACUUAUUUGAAAGUAGAGGAAGAAGUCACAUGGAAGGUGAUAUGAAAAUGAAGGACCUGGAAGCAAUAAAUAAGGAGAACAUCAAGAGUUCUUUGACAGACGACCUUUCCUCUAAAGAUGGGUACUCUCCAUCAAAUGGUGUUCAACAUGUUGGAUCAAAUAAGUCAAACCAUAUUUCUCACAGAUCAGAUAAGAAGACUAGGUUACCGUCUAAUAAAAUGUCUCCUGCAGCUGAAAAGCUAUGGGAUGGAUCUCUUCAGCUAAACUCAUCUAUUACUGUGUCUGUGGUGGCUUUCUUCAAAAGAAAAGGUUUUGCUGCCUCUAACAUUUCUACAGACAAGAUGAAGCAAAACUUCUCAUUUUGCGGGGACUCGUGCCAUGCAAGAAUCUUGUAUCAACUGAAAAUGUUCUCCCCUUGCCUCAACGGUGAGAAGUUGCUUGAUAUCAAGUGGUCUGAACCUGUAGAAGUUAAAGGCAAAGUAAGAUUAGAUGCAUUUGAAAAAUUCAUUCAAGAUCUUCCUCGUUCACGCAACCGGGGACUAAUGGUAAUUUCUCUUUGCUCCAAGGAGGGAGCUUCUGAAAAAGGACUCAAGGACAUGAAAGAGGCUGCAAAAGGAUAUAUAAUAGGUGAAAGAGUCGGACUUGCAAAGCUCUCUCCAGGUGUUGAUCUCUACCUUUGUCCUCGGAGCGAUGCAAUUAUCACUAUUCUAGCAAAAUAUGGUUACUUUAAGGGAAUGGCAGCUGUGGAAGGAAACUCUGAGUUGAUGAUUGGUUGUGUUGUAUGGAAGAAGAAUCGAACUGCUUUGACUUCUGUUGCUAAAAAGUCUGAGGAAACGGCUAAUUCUUCGCAGGAGCAGCUUCAAAAGUCACCAUGUGAUUCUUCUACGUUGCAAGGUGAGGGACAAAGCUCUUUAUCUGUGCCAUCAACUGAGAGUUCAAAACGAUCUGCCCCACAACAGGCAAAUGUCACGGAUGACAAGAAUGUGAACAGUAUUGAUUCCUCAAGCAGGACAACCUUAACAACUUCAGAUGUGAAGUCACCCCCUUUUCACCAAAAAGAAUCUGAACUUUUGAGCUCGCGUCUUUGGGGAUCGAGCAGUGAAGCUUCACAUCAGUCAAAUGCUGAACCACCCAAGGAAAGUACGGACCUUCCAAAAGCCGUAAUACCGUUGCUGCCUAAUGCAUCAAAAUGGAAGAUGGCAUUAUCAGAUGAUGAUGAUCUCCCUGAAUUUGACUUUGGAACUUCUAGUGGAAUAUCUUCAAGUUCGCAUCGUUCUGAUGGAUCCAUUCUUGGCAAUAGGCUUCAACUUUCUGGAAGUAGGAUUUUAGAUAUGUCUAAACAGCCAACCGUACCUGUGGCACCUUCCUUUUCCAUGAGUAUUCCUAGGUCGGUAAUAUCGGUCAGUAAAGACAUGCCCCUAGCUAGAAAUGUUAAUGACCAUGGUCAACUGGUCACUGGUGUUAGGCAAAUGGAAGAAAAGCAUCACAGCCAAAGUCAUGCUAUUCCAGUGGCAGUUACAGUUUGUGCCUCUGGUUCACCAAUUGUUCCGUUUGAUAGCUCGGGUAAGAAAAACUUAUUUUGUGAUGAUGAUAUGCCUGAAUGGUUGCCACCAGAUGCUCGGAAUGAAAGAAUAAAUGAACCACCAAGAACCUUACACCCUGAAUAUUCAAACUCAACCUCAAGAAUGUUUACCCCUCUUCCUACAGGAUCAGUAUUUCCUUAUCCGUCCUCCACCACAGCCCAUAACAGUUUUUCUUCACAGCCAUCUCCUCCACUCUAUCAUCUGCCUGUCAAUUCCAAAGUGCCACCCCCUAUACCCUCUCAAGAUGGUCCUAGUUAUAUGACAGGAUUCACCUUUAAUCCUGUUCCAAGGCCACAGUCUGGUUCACUUGCUGCUGCAAGUUCUUUGCAGCCUCCUGAUAAAAGAGUAAGGAGGUCUUGAUAGUAGCUUGUAAACUCAAUCAACAGUUGGACAGUUCUUCGAAAGUUAUUCAGCGCAUUCCAAAGCUGUAAAUAUGCAUGGAUAGCUAGUCAGGACAGGCUAUAGUUGGUUUUUCUUUCUCUACUUCUUUUUCUAUUCCCUUCAUGUGAAGUAGUGUUCCUACAGUAACAGUCAAACAGAGGACUAUUGUUGUGAACCGGCUCUUCUGCAUCUUAUACUUGGUUUAUUUAGCUGCCUUAAUUAGUUGUCUUGUUGA